CUUCUGUGUGCGCGCUCAGUAACCACUGCCUUAGCGGGUUGUAUCAUACAUAGAAGUUAAACACAAUAUCCAUAAAUCACGCGCUAUUUUACGCACAAUAAACUCGACAUUUAAAAUUAGAGUUUAAAUUACUUUCUUGAAGGCAGACAGACAGUCGACCCAGUAACCAAUCAGAAUUAAGGUCACAUCCCCUGACCGCUGGUGCGAGAAAUUCAACCCAGUUACCUGGAGACGCAGCACAGUGAAAGGCACCCAGUAACUCUAUCCAGAGAAGACAUCGCCACCAGCAACAUUACUACAACCUUACGGAUCAUUCCAUAAUAUUCCUAUUAUCAGCUUAGAUAGGAAAUCCACAGUAGCACAAUGCGCGUUAUCAUACUGGAUUACUGGAAGAUCGCCGGAUUAUACGUGAACGUUUGGAUAUUUUUCGGACACUGAGGCUGUUACCAAGGGCCUGUCAAACAUAAUGCCUAAUUAUCAAAAGAAAGUUAUCUUCUCUGUUUCUGGGGUUCUUUGUUUUGCCUGUGUUCUCGUCGUAGCGGCUGCAAUGGGGACUCCGUUUUGGGUAAAAGCGUCUAUUCUGUGUAAAACAGGCGCACAGAUAGUCAAUGCAUCGGGACCGGAGCUGGAGAAAUUCAUCGGAUGGGCGAACUACGGACUUUUCCAAGGCCAAGGCAUGAAGCAGUGCGGUCUGGGGGAUAGACCCUUUUAUUUCUCCUUUUUUCCUGACCUGACAGGUGUGAUUCCAGCCAGUCUACAUGUGAGUGUGAUCUUCUUCUGUGCAGUGCUCAUCUUGUUCUCCUCCGUCUCCUCUGGAUUCUUUUUUUACAAUGCCUUUGGAAAACCGUAUGAGACAUUGCACGGACCGCUGGGACUUUACCUCUGGAGUGUGAUAAGCUGUUUCUGCAGCUGUCUGGUCCUCAUCCUCUUUGCAUCUGAGGUGAAGUUCCACCAUUUGACUGAGACCAUCACUAACUUCAGUGAAGGCAGCUUUGUCUAUAAGACGCAAGGCGAAUGCUACGACAGGUCUUUCUGGCUCAUCUUUCUCACGUUCCUCACGCACGGUCUCAAUAUUUUGCUCAUCCGCCUGGCGGGGAUCCAUUUUCCCUUUCAGGAGGCUAAAGAGUCUAAUGCUACCACAGGAGCUUCAGAUCUCAUGUACUGAUCGCUUCUUUGUUCUGCUUCCUCCCCUGCACGUGACAUCCUACCGCAGUGACCAGAACUUCUCAAUAGGAGUCUUAUAUAAACAACAACGUCCGAGCCUCUUAAGCUGUGUUUUUAACCCUAUUCAAACCACUGAUCUGAACUUGGAGACGGUCUCGUGUUUGUAAGAGAAGGGCUCUUAUCACACAGCGGGGAGGCUGGGAGAUAGAAACUCUCUUUUAUACAAUCUGUUGAUGGAGCAUUCAAUCUGUCAAUCACUGAAACAAUUAAGGGCCACAGUUCCAAUGCCUAUUGAAGAUACCCUGUGUUUUUCCAGUCUGGCUGGGACAAUAUCGUUUUUUUUCCGUUAGUACCUUUUAUAAUCCUUUUAUAAUCAAGUUGUGGCACAAAGGGGUGUGACAUUUUGACACUUAAGCCACACUUAAAAAUGUAUGAAUGUCAUAGCGUUGAUAAAAGAUCAAACCAAAUGGCAUUUAUUUUUAAUGUGAGCCCAAACACAUGAUGGAUGAUGAGAAUGAAGGGUAUUCAGAUACUUUCUAAAAGUCAAAUAUUAGGGAAGGUAAACUAUAUGGGUAUUCUGCUAUGACUUAUGAUUAUUUUAACUAACAAAUUUGGUUAUGUGUCAUUGCAAGUAAUGCAAAAAGUUAUGUUAUUCUUGAGAAAAGGUACCACUCAUGGCUUUGAUAUGGUUUGCUAUUUCGUAUCUGCAAUGACAUCAAUAUACAUUUUUAAAGUGUCAAAACACUCUUAACGGCCCAGACAUGUUUAAACUUGCAUUUUUAAUAUUUAUAUUUUCAUUGGACAACAAAAUCAGUCAUAAGGGUCGAAAUAUAAAUUUGUUUAAUAAGC